GGAGAAGGAGGAGUCCACUGCUGCCCACAGAUCCAGGCUUGUGCGCUGCAGUCGUGGCGUUAGCCGUUCAUGAUGGAGAGUGAGGGCGAUAGGCAACGACGGCUGCAGGGUCGGCCUCCUGACACGCCUCAUGACGACGUUCGAGACGGAUCAGCUGCUCCUGAUGUUCAAGAGGAGCCUGCCAGAGACGAGAGCAGUGGUGAGACCACACAUGGGCUGGGAGAAGAUCCGAAUGCACUUCACUUCAUCAGCUGCUCUGCUUGGGUGUGCUGUGUCUGCAGGCAUGGACGAUCCCCCGGUGUCUGGCGCUUCGGAGCCUCCUCCUGCUCCACGGCAGCAAGCAGCAGAGAUGGGGUUCGGACGCAAAACAGCGCUCUGCAAGUGAGCACGGAUGACGAGCAGGAAGUGUCCCGUCGGUGACUUGCUGUUGUUUGCGUUGGUCUGUCUGUCAGGUAUUGGGCUCCCCAUUGGUCCAAGAAUCGCUGCAUCUAUGGGCGGGACUGCUACUUCGCCCAUGGCGAGGACGAGCUGCGACUCCCCACGCACUGUAAGCACGUCCAACAGAGAGAGGCCGCGCUCCUUCCUUCCUCUCAUUUGUCGUCGUUCUCUGUGUGUCCAUCUAUCUGUUCGUCUGUGUCAGUGCCCAAGACCAAGCUGUGUCCCGUUUUCCUGAAGACGGGCGAGUGCAGCAAGGGAAGGUCAUGCCCCCUCGCACACGGAGACCAGGUGGGGGAGUGGGGGGGUGCAAUCAGUGUGGUGCAGACCGUCAUUCGUGCCUCCCUUGUGUGUCUUCUUCUCUCUCCUGAUCUGUCUGUCAGGAGCGUCAUGAUGUGAGAGAGAUGAGCGACGAGCCGUGCCGUUUCUUCUUGGAAGGGCGGUGCAAUCGGGGGUCGAUGUGCCGCUACUACCACGACACGGCUGACAAGCCGAAGACUGGCAGGGGCCCCAUACUGGGGGACUUCGUGCCGACCGCCUAUUAUCGAUCACGGAGACGUUGAGCAGCUGUACUGUGUACAUGCCUGCGGGCGGUGCUGGCUGGGCAGAUUACUCUGUCUGCGUCGUGAGUGCGCUGGCUGCAUCGAAGGUGUUGUCCCUCUGGUGGUUUGCGUGAGGUGUGCCGGCUGCGCACAGAGCGCGGUGAUGACCCAUCGCACUCUGAGCUCUUGUUUGAACACCGAACGGAAACGAGCGGAGGGUGCAGUGCAGUGGCAGCGCCUGUGUAUGGCAGUUGGAGCAGGCCGGGCCGGGCUGUGUGCAGUGAGUGAAACAGACAGACAGACAGACAGACAGACAAGGGGGGUUGUGGGCUGUGUGGUGGGGACACUGUACAGACAGAAGCAUGUAGGUUCAUGAAAUGUUUGUUACAAUGGCAGGGAGGGACAUUGAUCGAUCGAUCGGCCGUGUCAGUCGACUCAGUGAUGAAAUGAAUGAAUCCUUC